AUGGAGCCGGUCGGUGGAGUCAAGUUCACUGCUGGUCUGGAAGUCCAUCUGAUUCUCUUCUAUGUCGGUGCUGUGGGCGCCUGCACUGUCUCCGUCACACAACCACCUUCCCUUGAAGUGGACUACACCCAUAACAAUGUCACCAUCGAGUGCACCUUCUCCUCUGCAGGGUGCCCUACUGAGCCACCAACCUGCCUGUGGUUCCGCUACGGCACUCAUCAGUCAGAGACUCUGUGCACCAAUGGAUGCCAAAGUGAGGCAGACAAGUUCACCCUGAGGAAGGCCUUGGACCAGAACCACGUUUCCCUCACUGUAAACAGGGUGACCGUGAACGACAGUGCAAUCUACAUCUGUGGAAUAGCAUUUCCAAGUUCAAAAGACUCAAAUGCUAAGCAAACCGGAGAAGGGACCAUGUUGGUGGUAAGAGAAAGCAAGCUUCUCAGCAAGGAGACGCGGAAUGUCCUCAUAGUGCUCUCGGUGCUGCUGUCCAUCUAUGUCAUGGGAGUAGGCGUGAUCUUCACCAUCCUUUCCAAGUCAAAAUCUAACUCUUUAAGGAACAAAGGAGCAGGAGACUCACAAAAGAAGAAGAGUGCUCGGCGGAUUUUCCAGGACAUUGCUCAAGAACUAUACCAUAAGAGAUACGUGGAAACAUGCCAACAGUCUGAGAAAGACAGCAGCAACAUUUAUGAAAACAGAAGAGCACAGUCCAAUUACGAAAGGCCACAGAACGGUUCAGAUUAUUAA